AUGUCGAUUGUUUACAUUCGCGCGUCGAAAGCGAUUGAGCGUAAAGAUCACGUUGCUGAUCUGGAAAAAAAAUUAAGAAACGAUCCUGACCUACAACGUUACUUGGAAGAGAAACUAUCGACAAAUGCAGAAGAAUAUGAAAUUACAACAGUUCUUCAAUCUAUCGAUCCUCAAUUAAGUGAGACAACGGCUACUUCUCCACAGAUGGGGACCACUCAUGCUGAAAUGACAACAGAAAAAUCAACUACUGACGACCUUAAGACAUGGAAUAAAUCAAGCAGCAAUUAUUAUUACAAACUAUUUCGCGACCCAGUCAACUACACAACUGCUAAAGCAAAUUGUCAAAAGUUAGGAGCCGAUCUUGCAUCAGUGGGAGUGAGGAAUGCUGCCGUCCGCAGCAAAAUACUUCAAAUGGUAAAGUCGGGGGAAAAAGAUACUUGGGUUGCUCUGGAUGACAUCAAUGAAGAAGGAAGAUUUGUGUGGGCUGAUGGCGUUAUUUCAAUAGAAGAGAAUACAUAUUGGAAUGAUGGACAACCAGACGACUAUGAAGACAACGAAGAUUGUAGCGAAUUCAGUGGUUAUCAAAGUUGGAAGUUAAAUGACGCUCGAUGCUCAGACCACCAAUAUUACAUUUGCGAAAAAAGACCGUUUUUUUGGGAUCAGUGA